AUGCCCACCCCGGACGCCGCUGCUGCCGCCCCCCAGGCCCGGGGCUUCCGUAGGGCCGUGUCUGAACUGGACGCCAAGCAGGUGGAGGCCGUGAUGGUAAGAGAGCAGGUGGAGGCCACCCCAGAAUGGCCAGGCUUGCCGUGGGCACCCCUCGGCUAUCCAGCCCACCACCAUGCCCUGUCCCCACAGUCCCCGCGGUUCGUGGGCCGACGGCAGAGUCUCAUAGAGGAUGCCCGGAAGGAGAGAGAGGCUGCAGCAGCAGCGGCGGCGUCCGCCUCGGAGCCCGGGGAUGCCCUGGAGGCCGCGGCAGUGGCCCACAAGGACGGGAAGGCGGCAGUAACCCUGCUCUUCUCGCUGAGGGAUGCCAGGCCCUCGUUGUCCCGGGCGGUGAAGGUGUUUGAGACAUUUGAGGCCAAGAUCCAACACCUGGAGACACGGGCGCGGACGGGCAGUCCCCACUUGGAAUACUUUGUGCGCUGCCAGGUGCCCGGCGGGGACCUGGCCGCCCUGCUCAGCUCUCUGCGCCGGGUGGCCGAGGACGUGAGAAGCCCCGGGGCCGACAAGGUCCCCUGGUUCCCAAGAAGGGUGUCAGAGCUGGACCAGUGCCACCACCUGGUCACCAAGUUCGAUCCCGACCUGGAUUUGGACCACCCGGGCUUCUCGGACCAAGCCUACCGCCAGCGCAGGAAACUGAUUGCCGACAUAGCCUUCCAGUACAAGCACGGGAACCCCAUCCCCCGUGUGGAGUACACGGCCGAGGAGACUGCUACCUGGAAGGAGGUGUACAGCCGGCUGCGGGGCCUGUACACCACGCACGCCUGCCGCGAGUACCUGCAGGCCCUGGAGCUGCUGGAGCGCUGCAGCGGUUACCGCGAGGACAGCAUCCCGCAGCUGGAGGACGUGUCCCGCUUCCUGAAGGAGCGCACGGGCUUCCAGCUGCGGCCCGUGGCCGGCCUGCUCUCGGCCCGGGACUUCCUGGCUAGCCUGGCCUUCCGCGUGUUCCAAUGCACCCAGUACAUCCGCCACGCAUCCUCGCCCAUGCACUCGCCUGAGCCGGACUGUUGCCACGAACUGCUGGGGCACGUGCCCAUGCUGGCUGACCGCACCUUCGCCCAGUUCUCCCAGGACAUCGGCCUGGCGUCCCUGGGGGCCUCAGACGAAGCCAUCGAGAAGCUGUCCACGCUCUACUGGUUCACCGUGGAGUUUGGGCUGUGCAAACAGAACGGCGAGCUCAAGGCCUACGGCGCGGGGCUGCUGUCCUCCUACGGGGAGCUGCUGCACUCGCUCUCCGGGGAGCCGGAGAUCCGGGCUUUCGACCCCGACGCGGCCGCCGUGCAGCCCUACCAGGACCAGACCUACCAGCCCGUCUACUUUGUGUCGGAGAGCUUUGGCGACGCCAAGGACAAGCUCAGGAGCUACGCCUCCCGCAUCCAGCGUCCCUUCUCCGUGAAGUUCGACCCCUACACGCUGGCCAUCGACGUGCUGGACACUCCCCAGGCCGUCCGCCGCUCCCUGGAGGGCGUCCAGGAUGAGCUGCACACGCUGGCCCAGGCGCUGAGUGCCCUGGGCUAGGUGCCCAGCCUGCGGUCCC